AUCUCUGACGUCACCCCGGAUCUCUCUGUCGUCAUCUCCCUCGCCAUAUUGAAUCAGGAAAUCGGGAGCCGGAUGCAUGUAAACAUCCACGUCAACGAGCAGCUGUUAUUUCAAAAACGAGGAUAAAUUUAUACUUGUGUCCCUCCUCCCCAAACUGAUGUGUUAUUAGACAGAACUGCUGAUCGGAUUACCGGACUGUGAGUGGGAAUAAUGACUUCGCUGACACAGAGGAGCACCUCGGGCCUGGUGCAACGGCGAACCGAGGCCUCGCGUAACGCCGCCACUGACCGAGAGAAGAUCUUCGACGGGGACGAGCACGAAGAGCGCCGCGGGGAGGAGGACGAGGACGAGCGGGGAGACUCGAAGGAGACGCGGCUGACACUCAUGGAGGAAGUGUUGCUCUUAGGACUGAAAGACAGAGAGGGUUAUACGUCAUUCUGGAAUGACUGCAUAUCUUCAGGUCUCAGAGGCUGCAUGCUAAUUGAGCUCAGCCUUCGAGGACGACUACAACUCGAACCUUGCGGCAUGAGGAGGAAAAGCCUGCUGGCCAGAAAGGUGCUGUGUAAAUCGGACGCACCAACAGGAGACGUGCUGCUAGAUGAGGCACUGAGACAUGUGAAGGAAACACAGCCUCCUGAGACGGUGCAGAACUGGAUAGAGCUGCUCAGUGGAGAGACCUGGAAUCCCCUAAAGCUCCACUACCAGCUUCGCAAUGUUCGUGAGCGUCUGGCGAAGAACCUGGUGGAGAAGGGUGUGCUGAGCACAGAGAAACAGAACUUCCUGCUGUUUGACAUGACCACGCACCCACUGAGCAACGACACGGUGAAGCAGCGCCUUGUCAAGAAGCUCCAGGAAGCCAUGCUCGACAAGUGGGUGAGAGAGCCGCAGCGUAUGGACAAGCGCCUGCUCGCGCUCAUCCUCCUUGCACACUCCUCCGACGUGCUGGAGAACGCUUUCGCACCACUGCAGGACGAGCAGUAUGAGCUUGCGACAAAGCGUGUACGCUCACUGCUCGAGCUCGAACCGGAGGCCGAGGCGACCAAAUCCGGUGCCAAUGAGCUGCUCUGGGCUGUCGUGGCCGCUUUCACCAAAUGAACCUGACUCUAAUGGAAGAGAUGGAAAGAAUGGGAGCGAGUGGACUUUUUAUAUUUGAUGAGCCUGUUAGAGAGAGAGAGAGAGAGAGAGAGAGAGAGAGAGAGAGAGAGAGAGAGAGAUUGUGGCUGCUUGCACCAAAUGAAAGGGAAUGAGAGAAGACUGAGCUCAUCACCCUUGGAUUUAUAGCUUGGGUUAUACUGGACUAUAUUGGAGGUGGUGGGAUUAUAAUAAUGGUGGAAUUCUUGAUAAUGAAGGAGAUUAUUAUAAUGAUGAUGGUGAUAAUGAUUAUAAUAGCGUUUCUCAAUGAAACCAACCUCCACAACUUGGAGAUUUUGUGUAGCUCAAUUGUGAUCAGAAAUUAAUUGUUUCUCUGUGAGAUUUUCACUUACUUCCUUGAAUAAGCUCAUAUCCUUCACUUGAGGAGAGCUUGAUCUGCUUGUACACAGGUAUCCACCAAUGCACGUUCAGCAAGAAUGGUUCUGCUGUCUGGUCAAGAAAUCACUGCCUUCAUUUCCACCUUAGAAUAAAAGAAUGGUUAGGUGAAAAAAAUGUACAAAAUUGCACAACGUUCCUUUACCACAAGCAAACAGAGUUUACACUUGGGCUGUGGGUCAAUGUGUCUAACAAAUAAUACUAGUCUAACUCAAAGAAUCUUUUAUAUCUAAUAUCUGCUAUAGAAAUGUCAGAUGUUGCACAUGUCAUGGCUGAUCACUAUUUUGUCACACUGUUGCUUUAACAUGCAAUCUGUAUCUGGAUAUUGAUGUUCCUUAGUUCAUUGUUUCUCAGACUGGCAUUUCUCUCUAAAGCUGACAUGACGUGAUCAUGCUCUGGCUGAGAUCCGAUCCUAGUACCAUCUAGAGAAACCUCUAGCUUUUGUCCCUAGUAUUUUUAUUUAGCACAUCAGAUCCUGAUUCUCACAAAAUCACUGUAAAAAUCACAGAUUUAAAAAUUUUAUCUUGUUAAUGUUGUUUGUAAACCACCCGACCCCAAUAGGGCUGGUGGGUAUUUUAUUAUUUUUAUUAGGGAUUCACUGUUUGUUUGAUUACGGCGAGCACUUCGGUGUCGGCUUCGUAUCAGAUGAUGUUAUUCCAACAGCCAAAUUUUUUAAUUUUAAUUUUCUAGCUAGUAUAUGAUUCAGGGUUUCCCCAAGAAGAGUGUGUGUGUGUUUCCAAUGAGCAUGAGAGAUUUAAUGCACAUCAUAUGUAUUUCUAAACUUGACGAUAUUUGCACACUUCUUAAAGCAGCCUAGCUGUAUUUUUUUCUGUCCAGCAGGUGGCAGUGUAACUCUGAGCCAUUCAAACCCAACAGCUCUGGCAGAGCACAAGGCCAGUUGAACAAAUGUAGUUCUGUUUUUGAAUAUUUGGCUUCCCCUAACUUAGAAGUACUAACAAAUGGCAUCACGAGUGCACACUUAGAGAUCAAGAGGAAGAGUGUUUAGUGGGAGUGUAUUUGCAGAGGAAAGAAAUGUAUCUCCAUCAGCAAUCAGGAACAAACCCCUGAACAAAAAACAUUUAACAUUAAGUAGGCGUAAUUACUUUGUUCUGCAUACACUUCUGAAAAGCUUUGUCUACCAUUUUCAGCAGCUUUACAAAAGAAACGGAAUCAGAUUGCAGAAAUACCUUGUGGGUAAGUUCUAGACAGGUUGUCACCUUAGCCCUUCAUAUAACCAUCAUCUGAGGAAGUUCACUUGAGCUAAUGAAGAAAUUGAAUGGCCUACAAGAUGUGCAAGAGGAUUUUCAGUAAAAAUAGGACAUGAAUGUAGUUUUAUUAUCAAUUAAUUUAAAAGGGAAUUUGAAAUUCUUAGGCUGUAACUAGCAGGGGAAAAAUAUCAACUGAUGUCUAGUUUCUAAAUCCAGUCUCACACACUAAUGGAACUCACAGUACAAAACCAUUUUACCUCCUGACGUUGUUGUUUUCUUAGUGUUUCCCCCCUCAUCCAUUGCCAUCAUUCUUUUUAAAAACUAUAAUAUGGUUUCAGAAUUUCCAGAUCUGUAUUUCAGUGAGUCCUUUUAUUUUGUUUGGGUUCUUUAUCGGGAUGUACCGAUCUAACACUGAGUAUGGCUACUGUACCAAAACUUUACUCAAUCGCUGGAUCAUUAUCAAAUUUGACAAAUUUUCUGGUCCUGUCCAUUGACGUUUUGUCUAUGAGCUUGACUGGUCAUUAUUUUCAUCGGAAGCUCAUCUUUUGCUGCAAGAGAAUCACAACCAACAGGAUAUCUUCACAGCAACACCUUUACUGUGAAAUGAGAAAGUAGGAUCAAUUCAUCCCUAGUUCUUUCAUAGUCAUUCUCUCUUACUGUGAAUGAGAUGAAUAUUUGGGUUUUGGUUGUUGAUGUGCUAUUAGUUAACUUCUGUGUAGAAGUACUACUAGGGUGAGAGGAAACUGUGGGAUUGUACACAUGCUUUUUACCUUAUAAUAAAGGAUGAUCCUUUAAGUGCCUGAACUGGACGGAAACAAA